AUGGGGGAGAUUGCAGUACUAAAGAGGGACACCACGACGUCGGUGCGCAUCGGCCUGAUGAUGGAAGAAAUGAUCUUCAACCUUGCAGAUACGCAUCUGUUCUUCAACGACCUGGAGGAUUGUGACCAGAUCCACGUUGACGAUGUCUCAUCCGAUGACAAUGGGCAGGACCUAAGCACGUACAACUUCUCCACCGACGGCUUCCACAGCUCGGCCCCGGGAGCCAACCUGUGCCUGGGCUCCGGCGUCCACGGCGGCGUGGACUGGAUGAGGAAGCUGGCCUUCCGCUACCGGCGGGUGAAGGAGAUGUACAACACCUACAAGAACAACGUCGGUGGCUUGAUAGGAGCUCCCAAAAGAGAGACUUGGCUACAGCUCAGAGCUGAACUGGAAGCUCUGACCGACCUCUGGCUGACCCACUCUCUGAAGGCGCUCAACCUCAUCAAUUCCCGGCCCAACUGUGUCAACGUGCUGGUCACUACCACUCAGCUAAUCCCUGCCUUAGCCAAAGUCCUGCUGUAUGGACUGGGCUCCGUGUUUCCUAUUGAGAACAUCUACAGUGCAACCAAGACAGGGAAGGAGAGCUGUUUCGAGAGGAUAAUGCAGCGAUUCGGCAGAAAAGCCGUCUACAUCGUGAUCGGUGACGGCGUGGAAGAGGAGCAGGGGGCAAAGAAGCACAACAUGCCUUUCUGGCGGAUAUCCUGCCACGCCGACCUGGAGGCGCUGAGGCACGCGCUGGAGCUCGAGUAUUUAUAGCAGAAGCCACGGCCUCGCCACCUGCCGUCGCGGGCGCAUCCCACCCCCUCCCAGGCUCUCGCCUUCCCCGCCUGCCCGCCAGAUGCUGGACGCCGGGCAGGGUCCCUGCGGCCGAGAGGACGUGCCUGGCGACCAUCUCAGCGGCUGUCCUUUUAGUCCAAGCGCGGGUCCUGAGACGCAGAGUACCGCCCCGUGGCUUUUGGGAAUAUUUAACUUCGGAGAAAAGGGCUGGCUCGGAGUCCAGGCUUUUCCACAAGACUCAACAGAACAAAAGCGAAGAAUUGCUGAUUUGGGGGAGGGCUGGUGAUGAGGAGGGGACAGGCUUGGGUUUGUCUCUUUUUUGGGUUUUUUUUUUUUUUCCUUUUUAAUUUAUGGACUAAUCUCAUUACUCCGGUAUUAUGCUCUCGUACCUGUGUUGUUGGUUUUCUUAGUCGUUGGUUUGGUUUGGUUUUCUAACCUGGCAUGUGGGGUGGUGCAGUUCUCAUUUAAGCACUCUCUGCUCCAAGUUGUGCUCUGGGGGGACAAUCAUUCUCUGAACAAUUGGUGAGGGAGGCGAUUCGGGGCUGAUGGGAAGACAAUUGCUUACUUUUGUUUUUAAGGACCUAACCUGACGUCAUGUGGACAGUGCACGUGCCUUAUGCUGCCAUCUUGUUUUCUAGGAAGAGGGGACCCUGGGGAGGCAGCGGUACUUUGUGACAGAUAAAAGGCAUUAAAUAAAACCACGUUUACAUUUUGAA